AUGGCUUCUUUACUUGUCAACUUCUGGAACGGCUUCCGCAACAUACUGCCCCAUGCUUACAUAAAUAUUCCUCAAUCUAAUCACCAUGAGAGCGACACAGAAGAUAUCAACACGAAAGCAGCAGAAGUGGACUCAACAACUUUCCGGAAUAGGAAUGGCACCUCUAGAUUCCACGCCAUAUUCCUCUACACUUUAUCACUAUUGCUUGCAGUAGCGUUGGCCAGCACAAUGUUGGGGAAAGCUGCAGACUGUGAUGGUCCUUUAGGUAGUUAUGAGAGAGGAUUCGAGACUGAAAUAAGACCUGAUCGUAACACAUUAGCUUUGAAAAGGGUCAAGUUUUAUGGAGGAUUUGUAUAUGAUGAGAACGGCACCGCGUCUCUAACUCAACCACCUGGCCCUGACUAUUUUGGCAUCCCUGGUCGUGAAACAGACCACUAUUGGAACCUCGAUUUAAAAGAUCGAUUUAUUGCUGUUCCACCCAAAGACUGGCCAUCGGAAGCGGUUGAGUUCUUAGAAAAAGACUUGGUGCACGGGACUAUACGUUUGGAGACAAAUGGAUUACAUUCACUUCAUUGUUUAAAUUAUAUAAGAAUGUCACUGUCACCUGAGUGGUACUUUGGCCCCGUAAGAGAUCCAAAUCCACAAAGACCGCUUGACAUGCAUCUUAAACAUUGUUUAAUGCAGAUUCACCAACUCCUUAUGUGUCAGCUUGAUAUGACUCCAAUUCCAAGAACUCUGAGGCCUACUAAGCAUAUACAUCAUGCGGACACAGAUAUGUGGCACGUUUGCAGAGAUUUUAGUGCUUUGAGGAACUGGAUGUAUCCAUUAGAAGAACACCAUACGUGA